GAACUCCAUCACAUAAGAGAUAUUUUUCUUUUGUUGAUACAACGUUCAAUUUGAUUAUAAAUUUUUCUUCUUCAAAUUAAAUGGCAAACACCAAGCCAUUACUCUUAGCUGACCAAGUCACAAACAUGAAACAUGUUCCUUUGAAUUUCAUUAGGCCCCUUAAUGACCGUCCUAAUCUUCAAAACCUUCAAUCCUCCAAUGAUAACAAUGAAUCCAUCCCCAUCAUUGAUCUUCAAGGUUUAGAUGAAGAUAAUGAUGCCUCCAACCGUUCUCAAACCAUCCACAACGUUGGCCAAGCUUGUCAAGAUUAUGGCUUCUUCCAAAUUUUGAAUCAUGGGGUUCCGGAGGAUGUUGUUGGGAAGAUGAUGAAAGUGGCAAAGGCAUUCUUUGAUUUGCCAGCGAGUGAGAGGAUGAAGAAUUAUUCAGAUGAUCCUUCAAAAACAAUGAGACUCUCAACAAGUUUUAAUGUUAAGACUGAGAAAGUUGCAAAUUGGAGAGAUUUUUUGAGGCUCCAUUGCCACCCUCUUGAAGAUUACAUUCAAGAAUGGCCUACCAACCCUCCUUCUUUCAGAGAAGAUGUUGGUGAGUAUAGCAAACACAUGAGGAAAUUAUCAUUGAAAUUACUUGAAGCUAUAUCUGAAAGCUUAGAAUUGGAGAAAGAUUACAUGGAAAAAGCACUUGGAAAACAUGGACAACACAUGGCAAUAAACUACUAUCCUCCAUGUCCAGAGCCAGAUCUAACAUAUGGUUUGCCAGCACAUGCUGACCCAAAUGCCAUAACCAUUUUGCUCCAAAAUCAUGUCCCUGGCUUGCAAGUUCUCAAGGAUGGUCAUUGGGUCACAGUCAAACAUGUCCCUAACACAUUCAUUGUCAAUAUUGGUGACCAAAUUCAGGUGAUUAGUAAUGAUAAAUACAAGAGUGUGUUGCAUAGAGCACUGGUAAACUGUGAAAAAGAAAGAAUGUCCAUUCCAACAUUUUAUUGUCCAUCACCUGAAGCUUUGGUGGGCCCAGCACCUCAACUCAUAGACCAACAUAAUAAUCCUCCCAAGUACACAAAUUUCACAUAUGCUGAAUAUUAUCACAAGUUCUGGAACAGGGGACUUUCAAAGGAGACAUGUGUGGAUUUGUUCAAGCUUUAAUUAAACUAGCUGCCUCGUAGUUAACACCUAAUUCAGA